CGUUCAGAGAGCGAAGGGCAGGCAGGCGUCUCCGAAUUUGAAGUUGGUCGAGUGACACUUUUUAAUAUUUCCUUCGAUCCUCCCACGAAAAGGGCCUGAUAGCGGGUAGAUUUCUCGCUCCACAAACGACAAGGCUGCAAAAUGACUUCGCGUAUCAACACAAGAGGACAAGUGGGCAAAGUCCUUGCAAAUAAAACUGGAGGACUGAAGAUCCAGAAUGAAAAUUUGGCCCGGCCUCCUCUGCCAGGCAAGGCAGCGGCCAGUAGUUUUCUGCGUGAUACCACAAACAAGGUUCUGGGCUUGAAGCGCAAGGCUGAUGGGGCACCUGACGAAGAGAAGGCCACCAAGAAGAGGUCUGCAUUUGGUGAUAUUACCAAUGCAAUUGAAAAGAAAAUAAAUGAUGGAAAGAAAGUCACUGCCCAGAAGGGUAGGCUGAUGCGCAGUGCCUCCACAAAGUCCCUUGUCAAGCCCUUGUCAAAGCCAGCAGCCGCAAAAGACAAAGUCCCAGCCAAGACUGCCAAACCCGAAGUAUCUGCCCCGGAAGUCAAGACUCAGGCCAAGGAGAUCUCGUUUUGUGACUCCCUCCCUAGCUCUCAAGACACCAUCUUCUCCUCUCAGGAAUCCAAGACUGACCUGGAUGACUCUGCUGCAUAUGUAACUGCUUCAGAAGGAAGGUACUGCCUUUCCAAAGCUUCUCUUCAAGCCAGUGUUCUAGGAUGUAGUCUUCCUGUUAAGGAUGUAGUUGAAAAAGCACCAGUUGUGGAACAGGAACCAGUCUCCAAGCUUCCAGAGGGAGUUGAGGAUUAUGACAAAGAAAUGGAAAAUGACCCAUUUGCUGUAUCACUCUAUGCCCAAGACAUUUUUGAAUACUACAAAGGGAGAGAGAGUAACUUCGUGAUUGAUAAAUAUAUUGACCGUCAGCCAGAUGUUUCCCGAAGCAUGAGAGCCAUCCUUAUUGACUGGAUGGUUGAAGUUCAGGAAUCUUUUGAGCUGAACCAUGAGACACUGUACCUGGCUGUGAAAAUCAUUGAUUUGUAUUUGGCCAAAACGGUCAUAAAACGAGAUGUACUACAACUUGUUGGAUCCACAGCAAUGUUCAUUGCAUGCAAAUUUGAUGAGAGGACACCACCAUAUGUUGACGACUUCCUCUACAUCUGUGACGAUGCAUACAAAAGGAAGGAACUAAUUGAGAUGGAAAUAAAGAUCCUGAAGGUCAUUGGCUUUGACCUUGGUAUUCCUCUUUCCUACAGAUUUCUUAGGAGAUAUGCGAGAUGUGCCAAGGUAAGCAUGGAAGAUCUGACACUCACCCGCUACAUUCUGGAGAUGAGUCUAAUGGACUAUGAACUCCUAGAUGCAUCUGACUCAGCCUUGGCAGCUGCUGCCCUCCUCCUCACUAGAAUCAUAAGAGGAGAUAGCACAUGGACUCCCACACUGCAGUACUAUUCUGGUUACAGUAUGGAAGAUAUCUACCAUUUGGUUCAUCACUUGCACCAGAUGAUCAGCCAGCCACCAAAGGAACACCUCAAGACCAUAAGGAAUAAAUACUCUCACAAGGUAUUCUUCGAAGUGGCAAAGAUCCCAAUUCCGGAGACGUUAAACAUUUAGCAAUGUAGUGUCCAUGCAAGGUUGAAUGUGUGAUUUUUUUUUGUACAAAUUUACUUCUGUCAGAUCCGUCACGUAAACUUCUUGCAAGACAACCUCUUAAAUAUUAGAGUGCUGAGAUGUAGUCGUGGCACCAUUUCAUCUUUUAUCUUGCUUGCAUGCUGUGAAGAAAGAUUUUAUUGUAAGAUAUUAGAUUUUAAGUUAUUUUAUACUUCAUUUCGUGUACCAAUUAUUGGUAUCUUCUGUCUUUUAUUGUAAGCACUUACACCUGUGAACAUGUUGGACAAUAUGUAAAUAGAUGCUAUUUUCCAAGUGAAUGAAUGACUGUGUAGUCUUACCAUUAAUUAUACAUGGCUUUGUUUAGCUGUUAUUUUGAAUAAGGUUUAAUAUGGUACAAAGUUGUCAAGUGUUCUGCAUUUGAUAUGUGGAGUAAAUAUCUAUUAAACAAAGUAAGCACC